CAGCUUCCCAAUAAAAGCCAAAAGGAAGGGCAACCCCUUUUAAUAUCCCUCUACAUCCCUCGCGCUUAUCGUCACGCGCUUAUCGCCCCUUGUUUUCACUCCGUCCGCUUUUCAACAUCCCACCAUAUCGAGGUCAACUUUGCGCUCUUCCUCAUACUUGGCUUUGUCGCUCUCAUCGGAUUCUCUCUUACUCUCUUGCGCUGGCAGAAUCUGCUGCUAACUUUCAUCGUGGCUAGUGACAAAUCGAAAUCCGAGUCUGUUCUCCUAUCCGCCAUUGGCCUUGUCGCAUUUUGA